CGUCCAGGUGAAAGUUAACUGUCUAUAGAUUGCCGCAACGGAGAGUAUGUUUUACUGAUAUUACUCCGUUAUAAUGUGUUUCUGUUACAACUAUAAGUUUUUCUUUGUAAAAUAACAAUGUUUUUGGAUAAAUGGUUUCAGUGAUCAUAUUGGCAUCUAAAGAAACAACAAAACAGUUUUAACGAUAUUGCAUAUUAAAAAAUAGGGGCCAUGGUUAAUACAAACUGAUUAGCUUCUGUUUAUAUCGAACAAAUAUCAGUUCUUUGUUCGCCUACGAAGAAGUGUUAGGAAGAACAUAAGGAAACUGUAAACAUACCACCAACAACAAGGAUCAAUGAAUAAUAUGGAAUCAGUUGUAGAGAAAACAAAAUAUUCUUCUGCUCAAGAAUUUGUGAACAGUGUAUUAAGUGAAGGUGAGAAAUAUACUUGUGACGACUUAUCGGAGGAUUUUCGUAAUCGUGAUGAUUUACCUCCAUUUUAUGAUGAAGAAUUAUUUAGAAGGGGUCAAAAAUUCUUCCACAAACAUAUAUUUGGAUUAUUCUUAUCCAAAUGUCUUGGACUAGUAGCUGUGUUGGCAGUGCCAUCAAUCCUAAAAGUAUUAAUGUUUACCAGAAUGUCAGGUACUGAGUUGACAGCUUACAAGAGGUACGUGUCAACCAUUUUACACAUGAUGGUCUGGUAUGAUUCCGACUUCAAACCUGGAUCCAAAUUGUGGAAGUCCAUUGCGGAUGUCAGAAAGCGACACAAUUCGGCAAGUAAUCGAAGCUGUUCGGCGGGGAUGAACAGAAUAACUCAGAAGGAUAUGGCCAUCACCCAGUUCGGUUUUAUGGGGAUCUCUGUAUGUAGAAGCAAAAUGGUGGGAAUCCAUAAGGCUUCCGAUGAAGAAUGGGAAGGAUUUAUCCACAUAUGGAGAGUCAUUGGAUAUCUAAUGGGAAUUGAAGAUAGAUUUAAUCUCUGCAGUGGAACAGUUGAAGAAACUAGAGAAAGAUGCAAUAUUCUAAUGGAGCAAGUCUUUCGGCCAAAUAUAGAGCAAAAGGACGAAAAUUUCAUAAAAAUGGCACGUAACAUGAUCCACGCACUGAAGUGUAUAAACAUAUUUAUAAAAUUCGAAACGAUAAUGUAUUACUUGCAUAUAUUAUCUCAAGAUGAAAAUAACAACAUGAAAUUGCAGUCGACAUGUUAUAAGUUGAAUUCCUCGCAAAAAUCUAAUUUAAAUUUCCUUAUAACAAUCAUGUACAUGCUCAGUUGGAAUUGGUUUAGGAUAUUCCAAAAUUAUUGCCAUAUGCUAGUGUUAUGGUUAAUGAAGGUCUUUCCAUUGUUACCAGCUUACCAGUUUGGUUUAUCUAAUGCGCGAGUACGUAUUUUAUCCAAUAAUAAAACUAAUUAAAACGUGCCAUAACGUUGAGUUUUAAUAUCCAUUAAAUGUUAUAGCAGU